UAAACUGCCAUAGUGCCGAUACGGUGCCUACUUCGUCCUAAUUGACGGCUACUGUCGCAUAUGUUGGAUGUAGCUGCAGUCCAAUGUCAAUGCUGCUGCAUGUGUUCCGCAUCGGCGAAUUCCGCUGCAGCCACAUCUGAGAUACAGCGCCACAAGAGAUGCUGGAAUGAGUCGAAGUCACGACUCUAAUUUCAACGGAAAGGCCAGCUUUACGUGGACUGUAUGGAUUGCAGGCAAAUCUAGGUUGUAACUUUCGAGAACCUACGCAGUGUAUAGACUCCUUCAUGGUCAUCCGUUGCAUCUGACCAUUGCACUUCCACUUGUUCCUGCCUCUGCCAUUGUUGAACAUGCUCUAUCUUUCCGUAUCCUCGGUGUCAAACUGGCUCAUUUGAUUCUCAAUGCGUACUUAUCCCAGUGACGAUAUCUCUGUAAGAUGACAGCAUGUCUAAGUUUUUUCGUUCGGUGAGCUCAGAUUCAUCAUCGUCCGAUGGAGCUUCAGACAAGGACAGUCCCGGCGAGCCCGAUGCUCAUGCUGGAGCGGAGCCGUCAGACGAUGGCACUCGCGACGCCGCCGCAACGCUCGCUCGUCUCAGCCCGGCCACAGGCACAGUCGAUACUAGUCUACACAGCCAAGUGCUGCUCCACGCACUCCUUGAAGAACGCUGCAUGAACGAAGCUGUCCGUGAGCACCAGUCAACCGGUAACCGCAGACAGGACGAAGUACUUGUCAGGCAGACGGCAAGAGCGAAAUAUCAAGCUCUCUGCAGCUUGCUCUCUUCGCACAAUCUUGUUGCAUCUGGUCUGGAACACGACCAGUUCGCGCCGACUCGACAACAGUACCGCGCUGGUCUCGACCUGUUGUCUCGAGAUGGCACAUUCACAGUUGAACGGGAUGCAGCUCGCAUGCCAAAACUGUUGUCAGAUGCUCAACCAGUUCAAAGUGCGGAAGGUGCAGCUCAACCGCAGGUUCUUGCUUUCGGCGGAAUGCUGUCGUCUAUAACCCUCGAUGGCGUAGCCGCAACCCACCCGUUACUGGAAUCAAGCCGCUACGUUCGCGACUUUGACGAGCUUAGUAUACUCGGCAGGGGCGGAUACGGAGUCGUCUACCGGGUACGCAACCGGCUUGACAACCUCGAAUAUGCAGUUAAGAAGGUUCCAAUCAGCGCUGCUCGCAUCGCCCGAAUACGGUCCCAUGGUCAGCGCGAGCUAGACCAGCUGCUCUCGGAAGUCCGCACUCUUGCAAGGCUAGAUCAUCCGAACAUCGUCCGCUACUUUACAGGGUGGAUCGAAUGGUCAGACAAUUCUGCGCUGCCUCCCCAAGCGGUUCACGAAACCGGUCAACGGGACGAUAGCGAGGCUUCCCGAGAUCUACCGAGCCUAGGCCGCAUCAUAACAGAAACCGAAAGCGACAGUGAUGGCGUUCUUUUUGAAGACAGUCUGCCCCGGCCUGGUCGGCCAUCAUACUGUGAGCAGUCUAGCCAAGAACUGCGUGUGGAAAGACAUAUUGAUGGAUGGAGUGCUUCCUGUGCUCCUUCCGCAUCCCACGCGUAUACCGCGAGUGAUGCAGUGGCACAAAUUGGGCCAUGCUUAGCGCUCCACUUGCAGAUGGGCUUGUAUCCUCUCACGCUUGCCGACUUCUUGACCCCUCUCGCUAAUGGGCACAACACGCAUGACGUGCUUCCGGUUGAGCACUGCUUCCACCUUCAACCCUCUGUCGACGUACUGUUGGCGCUCAUGGACGGCGUGGAGUAUUUGCACAGCCAAGGCAUCGUUCACCGGGACAUCAAACCUGCCAACGUCUUCAUGGCUACCAAUAGCGAUCCCCGGAAGACUCGAGGUUCGGUGGAUCUCUUUCUGUGCCAUUCAUGUCGUGAGAACGGAGAAGCGACUCCAGUUCAGCUUAAGGUGCGAAUCGGAGACUUUGGCCUCGUCGCAGCGCUUGCACAACCAGAGCAUGAAACAGGCACGCAAGGAUCACCAGUCGGAACAGAGUUAUACAGGCCACUCACUGCCAUCUCAAACACAAGCGCGGAUCUGGACAUGUACGCGCUUGGCAUCAUUAGCUUUGAGUUACUCUGGAAGUUCGCCACACGCAUGGAACGGCUCGAAACGAUCCAGCGGCUGAAGCUAGGAAUUUUCCCAGCAAGCUUCGAUCAGACUGUAGGCGGCACGCCGGGCCAAGCCCGGGCAUGCAUAGCUGAAAUGCUGUCUCUUGGACAGGGCCAAGCGACAGCAUUGAGCCUGGACGCAGUGAAGAGACGAUGGCUGCAUAUCCAGGCCUCUGUAGUGCCUGACUGAUCGCUUAGUAGAUGGGCACUAUG